CCCGCCGCCCGCCCCCGCUCCCCCGCGGCCGGCAGCGAAGGCAGGAGCCGGGAGGAAGCCGCCCGCCGACAACUCUUUCCCCGUUUUUCCUCCUCUCCUUUCUUCAGGAGCCCCUACCUCGCCUCCACCCCCCCCCCCCCCCCCCCCGCUGCUGCUGCUGCUCUGCAAUCGGGGAUAAAUCAGGGCCGGGCACAGGCGCGCACGCAGGGAGAGAGCGGGGCUCCGUUACAAAAGUAGCCCUGAUGGCGGCGGAUCAGAAGAAGCUGGAGCUGCUGCUGGAGUAGCGGAGAGUAGAGUAUCUCCCUCUCUCGCUCCUCUAUUUCUCCUCUUCCCCCUCUCCACCCACAGCUCUCCAUCGUUUCUCCUCCUCCUUUCCCACCCGCUUCUUCUGCGCCUCCUGCCAGGGGGCGGGGGGGGAAGGGGGGGGGGAGCGGAGGAGGCUUUAAAAAACAACAGCCCCCCCCACGCCGCACGCACAAUAAUUGAAUUUAUUAUUAUUACCGUCUCGCCGACUUGGGGAGAAGGAGGAGGAGGUUGGGGUGUGUGUGUAGGGGGGAUCGAUCUUCGAUCAGGAAGAUGGCUGCUGGCUGGCUGCUGGUCUUUAGCCUGACACUUUUCCAGUCCCUGGUGAUGAACCACUCCUCGGAGGGACCCUUCCCUUCACCCACCACGAUAAAAUCAUGGGUAGAUAAGAUGCAAGAAGACCUCGUAACUUUGGCACGAACUGCAAGUGGAGUGGACCAGCUUGCUGCGAUAUAUUUGAAAUACAGAGAUUUGUAUACUGUAGAAGCUAACAACCCUCGUCAGCUAGUGGAAAUUGCCGCCAGAGACAUUGAAAAACUACUGAGUAACAGAUCCAAGGCCUUGGUGCGCCUCGCUAAAGAAGCAGAGAAGUAUCAAGCAUCUCAUCAGUGGAGGGAUGAGUUUGGGAAUAAUGAUAUAAUCUAUUACAAUGCAAAAGAUGAUCAGAAUGAUCCUGAAAAGAAUGACACUGAAUCUGGCAGCCAGAGAAUCAGACCAGUAUUUGAAGAAGAUCCUGUUUUCCGACGGCAAACGUCUUACCAACAUGCAGCAGUCCACAUACCAACAGAUAUUUAUGAAGGCUCAACAAUCGUGUUAAAUGAACUUAACUGGACUGCUGCAUUGGAUGAUGUGUUCAAGCGGAACAGGGAAGAAGACCCCACUUUACUAUGGCAGGUCUUUGGUAGUGCAACUGGCCUCGCUAGGUAUUACCCAGCUUCCCCAUGGGUAGAUAAAAGUCGAACUCCAAACAAAAUAGAUCUGUAUGAUGUUCGCAGAAGACCAUGGUAUAUCCAAGGAGCUGCAUCUCCCAAAGAUAUGCUUAUUUUAGUUGAUGCGAGUGGAAGUGUCAGUGGAUUGACAUUGAAGCUGAUCCGCACCUCGGUCAUUGAGAUGUUAGAGACCUUGUCUGACGAUGACUUUGUGAAUGUAGUUUCAUUUAACAAUAAUGCUCAGAACGUCAGCUGCUUUAAUCAUCUUGUCCAAGCUAAUGUGAGGAACAAGAAGAAACUAAAAGAAGCUGUCUAUAAAAUCUCUGCUAAAGGAAUUACUGAUUACAAAAAAGGCUUUAGCUAUGCUUUUGAACAGCUGCUAAACCACAGUGUCUCUAGAGCUAACUGCAACAAGAUUAUUAUGUUGUUUACGGAUGGUGGUGAAGAAAGAGCACAAGAGAUUUUCCAUAAAUAUAAUGAAGACAAAAAAGUACGUGUGUUCACAUUUUCUGUUGGUCAACAUAAUUAUGAUAAAGGACCUAUACAGUGGAUGGCCUGUGAAAAUAAAGGUUAUUAUUAUGAAAUUCCAUCCAUUGGAGCCAUAAGAAUAAACACCCAGGAAUAUCUGGAUGUUUUGGGAAGACCAAUGGUUUUAGCUGGAGAGAAAGCGAAACAGGUCCAAUGGACAAAUGUCUAUCUGGAUGCUCUGGAGCUGGGCCUUGUGAUUACAGGAACUCUGCCUGUCUUCAAUCUAACAAAGGAACAAAAUGGGAAAAUAAAUCAGCUGAUUCUUGGAGUAAUGGGGGUUGAUGUCUCUCUGGAGGACAUAAAAAAACUGACACCCCGCUUUACGCUUUGUCCAAAUGGAUAUUAUUUUGCAAUUGAUCCUAAUGGGUAUGUGCUACUUCAUCCAAAUCUCCAACCAAAGCAUAUUGGUGUGGGCAUACCAAAAGUUAAUUUGAGAAAAAGGAGACCCAAUGUACAGAAUCCAAAAUCCCAGGAGCCAGUUACACUGGAUUUUCUAGAUGCUGAAUUGGAAAAUGAUAUUAAAGUUGAGAUUCGAAAGAAAAUGAUAGAUGGAGAAAGUGGAGAAAAAACAUUUGAAACACUGGUCAAGUCCCAAGAUGAGAGAUACAUUGAUAAAGGAAACAGAACAUACACAUGGACUGCUGUGAAUGGCACUGAUUACAGUUUGGCAUUGGUGCUACCAUCAUACAGCUUUUAUUAUAUUAAAGCCAAAAUAGAUGAACCAUUAAUUCAAGCCAGAUUGGCAAACAAAAUGGAUUCAGAAACACUGAAGCUUGAUCAUUUUGAUGAAGCUGGCUAUACUUUUUUAGCACCAAGAGAAUACUGUAGUGAUGUAAAGAAAUCAGAAAACAACACCGAAUUUUUAUUAAAUUUUAAUGAGUUUAUUGAUAGAAAUACUCCAAACAGUUCAUCAUGUAAUACUGAUAUGAUCAUUAGAGUUUUGCUGGAUGCAGGAUUUACAAAUGAACUUGCCCAAAAUUAUUGGAGUAAGCUUUAUCUGGAUGGAGUUGCUGCACAAUUUGUUGUUACAGAUGGUGGAAUUACCAGAGUGUUUCCCAAAAGGGCAGGAGAAGAUUGGUUAGAAAAUGCUGAAACUUACGAAGUCAGCUUCUAUAAACGGAGUUUAGAUAAUGACAACUACGUUUUCACAGCUCCGUACUACAACAAAAGUGGUGCCAAUAGCUAUGAAACAGGUAUUAUGGUAAGCAAGGCUGUGGAAAUAACAAUUAACGGGAAACUUCUGAAACCUGCAGUUGUUGGAAUAAAAAUUGAUGCAACCAGAUGGAUGGAAAAUUUCACAAAAACCACAAUCAAGAGCCUGUGCAACAGUGAAAUCUGUGGCUGUGAAAGAAACAGUAUGCAUGUGGAUUGUGUUAUCCUUGAUGAUGGUGGAUUUCUUUUGAUGUCAAAUAGGGAUGAAUAUACUCAACAGAUUGGAAGAUUCUUUGGUGAAAUUGACCCUGGCCUGAUGCGAAACCUAAUUAAUAUGUCCCUGUAUGCCUUUAACAAGUCGUAUGACUAUCAGUCAGUCUGUGAUCCUGAAGAAGAACCAAAGCAAGGAGCUGGAAUUCGUUCGGCGUAUGUGCCUACAAUAACAGAUAUUUUGCAUCUAGGAUGGUGGGCUUCGGCAGCUGCAUGGUCUAUCUUACAGCAGCUGUUUUUGAGCUUGACUUUCCCACGUUUCCUUGAGGCAGCUGAUAUGGAAGAUGAUGAUUUCUCUGCUGCCCUGCCUAAAACAAGUUGUAUCACUGAGCAAACUCAGUAUUUCUUUGAAAAUGAUGAUAAAUCUUUUUUUGGCAUUGUAGACUGUAUAAACUGUUCAAGACUUUAUCAUGCAGAGAAGAUUUCAAACACCAAUCUGGUAUUCAUUAUUAGUGACAGUCAGCUGCUGUGCCGCUCCUGUGAUCCAAAACCACUGAUGCAAGCAGAGAAGCCGGAUGAAGGGCCAAAUCCUUGUGAAAUGGUCAAACAGCCUAGAUACAGAAAAGGUCCUGAUGUCUGUUUUGAUGAAGCCAAACAGGAUCAACCUAUAUGCACAACGAGUCGUGCCUCUGCCAUGACGUCCGCUCCUAUCUUCAUUUUUCUGCAAGUUUUCAUGUGGUGUGGAUGGAAGAUUCAGCUGACUGUGGUGGUGUCUCUGGUCUGAGUCCAUCACUGUGGUCUAUGGUAGGAAUUCAGUUGGUCCUGCUUUGGCUGUUAUCUGGCAGCAGACACUGUCAGUUAUGACCUUGCUAAACCAAAACCUGCAUAACUUAAUCAAGACCCGGCCAAAACGAUAGCCUCAAUUUCAUUUCAAAAAGGGUCAGCUAUUCAGACAGCAGCAGAACAGCAAUGCUCAUGUCUGGUUAUCACGCGUUGUGAGACUCAUAAAGGCACCCGCAGUGGCUGCAUGUUGGAGUGUCAGAUCCUUAAACGUGUGUGAAUGCUGCAUCAUUUAUGCCAUCUGAACAGAAUUCUGUAUGUGCUUCAUUGGGGAAUCUAAGUUUUUUUUUUUUUUUUUUUUUUUUCAUUUGUUUGUUGUAAUCUUUAUGACUUAAUGUAAAAGGGCUCCCCUGAAAAUAGCAUAUGUACAUGAUUUUCUUUUAAGCUUUGAAUUUCUUGAAGAUUUAUAUUCUUUUACAUGAACAUUUAUUUAUAUAAAAUACAAGAAAAAAAAAAAGAAAAUGUGCUCCCAGGUAUACAUUACUAGCACCUCAAUGGCUGCUUUGAACAUCAGUUUUGUCCGAACUACUUGAGUGAAAUAAAGAUAUUAGCUAAUCUUCAUCAGAAGCUCAGCAUAAUUGAAAUGCUUUAUGAUGAGUGGAUUAUUCUUCCAAAGUUAAUCAGAAUGGGUAUCUGGAAGUUUUUGGUAAAUUGGUAACUUGUUAAUUUAAAGAAAAGGGAGAAAGGAGGAAACUAAAAAUAUAAAGGUGCUUGAGAGUUUAACUAAAAAAACAAUUCUCAUAUUAAACUUGGUGUCAUUUUCUAUCAGAAAAGUGUUAAUUUCAAUGUAAUAUUCACCUCCUUUUCACAAUGCAGAUAUAUAUAUAAAGCUGGUCAAGUCCUUCAAAGGCUCAAAGAAAAAUGCUUGUGAAUAAGAAAUGUAUUUGUGAUAUUUGAACGUUGGUUUCCAAGGGUAUUUUGCAUGAUGAUGAUGAUGCUAUGUUUCUGUUUUUCAGUUAGUUUUCUUUGAUGGUAGAGUAUAGUCCACUGAAAAGGUAUCUGAGUGGUUCUUUUAUUGUGUGAGAAACUGAACAUUGCAAUGUGUUGCAAUCAAAUCAUAUUAAAUUAUAUUAUGAAACAGAGCUCUGAAUAUACUGUGCAAUGAAAAAGCUGAGAAAAUAGGGUAAAUUUAGCUAUCGUAACAAAAAGGUUGAGUUGGAUUUUUUACAGAAUAGGAAUCUCACAUGAAAACCUGUGUACAGAUAUUUUAAGUAUAUAAAAAUCAGAUUUGACAUAUUUAUUUUUGAAAGUAUAUGUUCAGUAAGGUUCAUAUCAGGUUCCCCCUUUGUUUGCUGUAUAAAAUUCAUCCAUAAUAUUAAAACUGAUGCUAUUGCUAUUUAUUAUUAAAAAUAGCAAGUUUAACAGCAAAAUUACCUGGUUGCUGAGAUUGGGAAAAAUCUAAACAAAUGGGGAGCCUUGAAUCUGUAUGUAUGCACAUUGAUACUUGAUUGCGAAUAAUAAUUUUAGAAGUUUUUUUUAUACAACCUCAUCGGUGAUACAGAUUGGUGCAGUAAAUUACAAUAUUAGAGUGUAGCAUAGUGUUGAUGCAAAAUAUGAUUUGUGCUUUUUUCUAGUUUUCAGAACUAAACAGUAUUGCAAGACAGCUAAACCAAUGAAUGUGCAACUCUGCUGAUAUUGUAUAAUUCUGCUAACAACUGCAAUAUGCAAAUAUUACCAUGGCACAAUACACUAGCUCUUUAAAAAAUAAGAAAAUGCGAAGCAUUGGUAUGUGUAUGCUGGCAAUUGAUUGAUAUAAUUUUGAUCAUGUCAAAAGCUUAAAGAAAUAAUUGGGCAUGCAUUAAUAUCCUAUGAAACCUGAAGAUGCUACUCAAAGCCAUGGCAUGGCCUAAAAGAUCAGACGUCUACUAUAAUUGUACCCAUAGCUGGUUUGUUGUUUUUCUCAUGUACCUGGGCUCCAGCUAUGUAUUUUCUUACGUUUGGGAAUACAAUUAGUGAAAAGAGUAAAAGCUGACCUUCUGUUCAGUGAUCAAAUUUAGCAUUUUUUUUUUUAAAAAAACAUCUUUAGCAAAGUCGUGGGGUUAAAAUUGCAAUUAACUGUGUUGGAUGACUUCAGGUCCUCCUCAGGGAAGGUGAGGUAAUUUUGAUACUAUGGGUGAAGAUAAUCUUGGAGCUCUUCCUUCCAGUUAUAUUACUGCACUUCUCUUCACCCUGUCACCAGCUAUCACCUCAUAAAAAAUUGGUUUGAGACUUUCGAAUGCUGAGACUGCAUCCUGUAUUUUUCCUUAACAUGGUAAAUUGAAAUCUUAUGGAGGAAGAAGUUUUGUAGGAUUAGGCCAAUACUUAGUACGCUUAUAACUUUUAUUUAAGAUUACUCCAAAUUCACAUUACUUCACAUUUUGCUCUUUUAAUUUCUUGAAAGACUGUCAGUAUAUUAAGCACUAUAUAGUUUUCACGUAGCUACCCAAAAGCUACUCAAAAGAAACCCUUCAUGGAAAAAUUACAUUAUGUAUAUGUUAGAAUAGUUUGCUUACACUGGUGAGCCAUACUCUAAGUUACCAAAUAAACAUUUGAUUAGAGUCUGUAGGCAGAAAGAAAGAUGGCAUUAAGCCAUGCUGCCAUAGAAAACAGCUGGGGCUUUUGCUCUCAUCCCACUUCCCUUAGAGGGCUCAAAUUAAAAAAGGAGGGAGAAGCCCAUGCAAUGCAGACACCUUAGACUUCUUGGGCUAUCCAAAGAGGAAAAUAUUUUCUGUUCCUCUCCUCUGUCCCUCUGUAGGACUUGAAGAAACAAGUCUCAAUAUAAACACCUAGCCUUCCAGCCAUUAAACUCAGGAUCUGGCUUUACCUUUAAACAGGUAAAAAUGAAAUAUUGGCUUCUGUUUAUAUAAGAAAUAUAUAUAUAUAUUGAAGUGAUAUUACUGAAUAUAUUUAAGUGAUAUCUGAGUGAUAAUCAAGAUUUGUUAAAAUACACUACCUAUAUAUCUACAAAAUACAAAACACCAGAAAGCAAAUGCAAUGUGAAUGUUAGCUGUCUCAAAAUGUGAAGACCAGUGAGUUACAAAUAACUUCCGAGGUUAUCUACUUAUUCUUAUGCAGAAGAGUAUCCUUACUCUCACAUAAUGUAUAAUAGUCAUCUUCUCUUGUGUAUAAGAAAAUAAACUUGAUCCUAGGCUUUAAACUGAGGCAUUUUCAAGGUACAAUAUGCUGUAAAAGUUUCUUUUUUUUAAAAAAAAAAAAAAAAAAAAAAGGUCAGAUAAUAAGCUAUGUUGAUAUUUGCUCAGAUCCUUUAAAUAGACAGGGGCAGACUAAGGGACAGACAUAAACUGCUGGAAGUGUUUUAGUUUACACAAAAGUCAUGCAGCCUAAUGUACGUCUGACAAAUACCCACCAUUAAAGUUCUUAUAGCAUGGCACUCUACAAAAUGUGAUCUGAGGACUUAACAUGAAAGGUUUCUUUUUAAGUUUUCAUUUAAACAACCAGCAUUACUGCCAAAACACUGACCGUGGUCCAUAUUUGUAACAGGUUUUUAACAUGACAUAGCAGGUUUGAUUGACAAGAUUUUUAGGUCCUGUACCUUUAAGAUUUUAGUAUGAUCUUUUUCAUGUUUCUAAUGCUUGAGGCUUUAUUGCUUAACUUGACAAAAACAAAAUAAAAAAAUAAAAAACACACAGUGUUGCUGCCAUUUGUAAGUUUUCCUAUAAUAUUCCUUUUACUAACUUAAAAACUGGCCUUACUGGGUUCAAAUAGGCAGUAUCCCUUUUAAGUGACCUUUGCAACCCAAGUGUUACUUGCUGUUGAAAGUAACAGUUUUGGUAUCAUUGAAGAGGCAUUAAGAUUUUUUUUUUUUUUUUUCUCAUUAGCAUGUAAACUCAGAAAGCAUGCUUAGUAUCUCUUAAUUUCAGAACACAACCUCAAUCCCACUAGUCAACUGAAGGUAAAAUCUUAAUAAGUCUUUCCUUAGCUGAAAUUUUACCCUAGCUUCACAAGAUAUCCAAGCCUCUAAAAAGGCCAGAUUUCUAUUUUUUUUUUUUCUUCUUCCAUACCACAAUGUUAAUAUUGUUAAUACUCAUUGUACACUACUGUAAAAAGAUUAAAACAAAGUGUCUGAAUACAAUUCAAGCAUUUUGAAAAUUUCGCCUCACCCUCUUCCCAGCUGCUUACAUCUGUACCAUUUAUGGUUUAAAAGAAAAAUAUCAUCUCGAAGAAAUAAUUUCACUGAGGCUAAGGGGUACUGUCUUGUUUAGAUGCCAUGAAAAUGCGAUUGUGAUCUGACAAAGCUGUCUUCUCUUCUUGUGUUGUAUGGAAUAUCUGGAUCAUGCUUUCUGGGAUACUUUUAUUGAAAUGCUCAGUGUGCGUUUCUGCAAAAAAAGGCUUGAUUGCUUUUUACAAGGCAAGCAGGUCUUUCUCCCUUUUAUUGUGUUCUCUUGACACUUUUGUGGAACUUGACAAGCCUGAAAAAAUAAUUUUUUGUAAAAAUUUGUAUAAUAAUGUUAUAAAAAGUUUAUAAUCCUAGAACUGUUGUGUUAAUCCUUGUGCAAAAACAGUAUAUUCAGAAUAAAAGUUUAUCAUUUAAAAUCAA